CCGAGCUGCCGUACAGGGCGGAGACCAUCAUAUGCAUGCCGCUUCAUAAAUCCUUGUAUUGACUAGAAACACCGAUGGCGAAGCCACUUCAAUCAUCUGCGUCAACUGAUUCCUCCGACCUCUUUGGCCCCGAUGAUCCUGAAUUUCUUGAGGCUCUCAGAAAUGCGGUACUACCCGGAGAUCAAAUCACAGCACCCCCACCUGACACUGAUUCAUUGAGUCGAAAGCGCCCCCGUGAUGAAAGUGACGAACAGCAAGCUGAGACAACCUCACAUAAAACCUUGACCCAUGGACUCGGUGACACCGAAGACAAUCCCGAGAUCUAUGGCGCAUCUCGCUUUGGACAUUUCGGAGAAUACAUGCAUCGCAAGCGCGCAAAGCUCCAGAUACAGAACGCAAACCUAGAUGCGAGCCAAGACAUCAGUCCCGCAGGAAAGAUCUUCAGCGGUCUUUCAAUAUACAUUAACGGAUGGACAAAUCCUUCGGUUCAAGAUCUACGUCAAUUGAUAGUGACGCAUGGGGGUGUGUUUCAGCCUUACCUGGAUAAGAAAUCACUAGUGACCCACAUCAUCACUUGCUCAUUGACGGCUGCGAAAAUCAAAGAUUGGAAGCAUAUGAAGAUUGUCAGGCCUGAGUGGCUUGUGGAUAGUGCCGCUGCAGGGACCUUGUUUCCCUGGAGGAAUUACCUUUUCAAACCUGGGGCCAGGGUCGAGCAAUCUCAAGGCGUGCAUACGCCUCAAAGUCAUCUGUCUACGGAUUCACGUACAGCGGCAUGUUCUGGUUUGCGUAAGCAUGAUCCGCCACCAUCAGCUAACCAGGUCCCCGCAGCGUCUGAUUCCGGCACAGCAGGUACUGCCAACCCUGAGGCUGGCGACCCAGCCACAUCUUCGGCAUCUUAUUCGCCUCGAUCGCUCUAUGUCACUGAUCCCGGCACCCACGAAGACGCUGCACGCGUCCCUGGAUACGCUGCCCAUACAUCGAACCCGUUGGCAGAGCGCGUGAUGGCCAAUCCGGAAUGGAGAGCCGCACAUACCUCUGUGGCACCAGAUUUCAUAGAAGGUUUUUACAAACAUUCGCGACUGCACUACCUGUCUACAUGGAAGGCUGAGCUGAAAAAUUUGGUUCAACAAGCCCAAGAAGCAGUUGAAAAUGGGCCGAUACAUGAGUCUUUUUCAGCCAUAGGCGACCUUCAAGACAUGGCUAAGAGUGGUGACGUCAACAUGGAAGGAGCACAGCUCGCGGCGAGGUCUCCAUCAAAAUGGAAAGGCAAAGAAAAAGCCCCGGGCUUGAAGCGUGUCAUUAUGCACUGCGACUUUGAUUGCUUUUUCGUAUCCGUCGGCCUUCUGAGUCACCCUGAGUUACGAGGCAAACCGGUUGUCGUUUGUCACUCGCAAGGGAGUACAGGGGGUGCAUCUAGUACAAGUGAAAUAGCAAGCUCGAGCUACGAGGCCAGGUCAUUCGGGAUCAAGAACGGCAUGAGCCUUCAGCAAGGGCGUCGAUUGUCCCCUGAUCUUAUGACCAUGCCCUACGAAUUCGAGAAGUAUAAAGAGCUGUCGUUGCGUUUCUACACCAUCUUGAUGCGUCAUGCGGAUGAUAUCCAGGCCGUCUCCGUUGAUGAGGCUCUGAUUGAGGUCACCACAAGUGUUUCCCGACGUGCCAUUCGGCCGUCUUCCCUAGCUUUCGUGGAUGAUCCUGCAAAGUCCCUUGCAGAACAGAUACGGUCCGAGGUUAGAGAUGGAACAGGUUGCGAAGUUAGCAUUGGCAUUGCGGAGAACAUACAACUUGCUCGAAUUGCGACACGCAAGGCCAAACCUGCUGGAUCAUUCCACCUAAAACCAGAAGAUGCGCAACAAGUUCUCGCACCAUUAGAUAUCGACGACCUCCACGGCUUUGGGCAUUCUACACGCCAAAAAGCAAACGAGAAGCUCGGAGCAACAAAUCUCGGAGAACUCGCUAAGAAAAGCAAAGCUGCACUGUGCGAUGCGCUUGGCAAGACUACUGGCGAAACUCUGUACAAUGCGAUCCGUGGCAUCGACGAACGAAAACUUGAGUCUGACAAGCCGAGGAAGUCUGUCUCAUGCGACAUCAACUAUGGAAUACGUUUUGAGAACGACGACCAAGCCAAGGCAUUCAUCUACCAGAUGGCUGAGGAAGUUUCUCGGAGAUUGAAUGCCAUCAACAUGUGUGGACGUUCUUUGACUCUGAAGAUUAUGAAACGCGAUCCAAGUGCACCUGUAGAGGCACCCAAGUUCAUGGGGCACGGCAUCUGUGAGACGUUUAACAAGCAAACUUCAUUAAGCAGCGCAAACGGCAGAGCUACAAGCGAUCCAAAGGAUAUCGGUGACCACGCAUGGACGCUACUGAAUUCUUGGGGAUUUGAUUCGAAAGAGCUGCGUGGAGUUGGAAUCCAGAUACAGAAGCUAGAUUUGCCGUCGGCAUCUGACACUACCGAUGCUGGGCAAGUGAAGCUGCCAUUUCACGUCAGAAGCUCCAAGACGACUGCACAGGAGAACACUGAACAAGAUGUCCUCCCAGUGCCUAGGAUUAUCACUGAACCCCCUUCGCAAGAUGAUCCACUCCAGAAUGAGAAUGAGGCCGGUCCUUCAAAUCUAUUGCCUACGUUAGACCUCCCCUCUUUCUCCCAGGUCGACAAGGACGUCUUCGACGCGUUGCCGGAUGAUGUCAGGAAGGAACUAGAAAUUGAAUACCAGCGCAGAUCACGUUCACCAAUGCCGGCGGACCAACCCUCUCAUGACGUCCGACCGAAAAUCACGGUCAAAGGCGUUAACGUCAAAAGAAUCACUCAACAACUUGCGCCGAAGAAUCGAACGAGCGUAUCCCCACGGAAGAACAUGCUCUUUGCAAAACGUGAUGUCCCAUCGUACAUGCGAGUAUCUGACGCAGAGCUUCGCAAACUUGAUAUCGACCCAGAUGUGUUUGCUGUCUUGCCUGCGGAUUUGCAGCGCGAGCAGGUGAUCAUGGCUCGACAUGCGAAAAGCGGAAAUCUCCUUCAAGAACGCAAGAUCAUCAAAGCUUCUUGUCGUGGGCCAUCAGCACCUUAUCGCAAGAAGCCGCCUCCUCAGGCUAAGCACCCGGAACCACCUCUUUUGAAGCAGCAGGGUAAGCAGCCAGGGGAGAAGUUGUACUUCGCCGAAACUGGAGAUGUUCAGACUGUCAUCGAGUCGUGGGUCAAGGGAUUCACAGAACAUCCUCCAAACCAAAAAGAUGUCGACUACUUCAGCAAAUUUUUGGUGCGAAACGUAGAAUCGGCUGAUACAGGCAUGGAGAAAACCAUUGCUGUGAUGAAGUGGUGGCUUAUCCUCUUGAGGAGGAAUUGGGAAGUUUAUGAACGCGCGAGCAGCACGGAGGAGAAUCAUGACGGAAGCUCGACUGCGGAGAGCAUCGGGAGAGUUUGGUGGAAAGCAUUCUGGGAAGUGAAGGCCAAAGUUGACACUGUUGCUAGAAGACGCUUUGGUGGUUCAAUAUCUCUUAAAUAAUGGAUUGAUUUAAUACGGAGUAAUUUAUGCCUCC